GCAGGCCUUCGGUGACCUGGGCCCGGUGAAUGCUCUGCCCCCUGAACAGCUUCAUUGACCCUUGGCUUGGGGAGGCCAUAACUCUGUCGGCCGUGCGGGGAUGAUCCCAUCGUCCGUUCAGAGUACUCGGUCCAUCCCACCUGGGCUAUUGGCCGGGAUUGCAUGACAUGCAGGCCCGGUUGCAGGUGCCAGGGAGCCCUUGUCAGCCCGGUGGGGGGAUGGAGCGCCACGCGAUGCGCCUGCAGUCAGCAGCUCCAUCGGUUCUCUCUCAUGCUUGGCUGGGAACCGGGGACCCGUAUUUGGCUACGACCGUAGGACAGGUCCUCCAAUGCAAAUCCCCUUGGCUAGCCGUGAAGAAAAACAUGGCACCAUCAGGGUCUCGGCUCCUCUUUUCCUCGUCCCCAAUGCCAGGGCCUCUUUGCCCAUCCCUACCGGUUCCGGGAUGGUUGCCCUGCUUCGAGACACUCCCCCAUCUGCAGCCCCGACGCAAGGGGGAAGAACCUGGCCAUUACGGCAGUUGCGAUCCCAAUACCCCGUUGGCCGGUAAUGACAAGCUGCUGCUGAGGUGCUUGCGGGCUAGCAGGCUUCCAGGUCGGGCAUUAACCUGGUCAUACGAGGCGUCCCCCAUCUCCAGGACCGUUCGACCAGAGACCGCGGGGCUGUGAGACAGAUCGGGCGUCAUCGUGCUUGACAGUAGACUCCUCUAUAAGAAAGCACCAUGGAGGUUGUCGCGAGCACGGGGGUACGCACAGCACUCGUGCUGCCCUUGCCUGGUAUCCGACGCACUUGUCAGAGGGCAUCCACUCAACAUGUUGGCACUCUACCUGGU